AUGGGGCGGAUAAAGGAAGCGGUGAAAGAAAAUGUGCAAGACGGAGAAUGGCUCGCUACUGAUGUAACAGCAGACUACACCAUCAAGCAGCAGCAGAAGCAGCAGCAGCAGCAGCAGGAGCAGCAGCAGGAUGAGAUGCAGCUGCUGCAGCAGCAAGCGGAGGCGGUGGAGAUGCUGCUGCCUCAGGUGUGGGACCAAGCAGCCAUUCUAGAAACCCUCGUCAAUGAAGUACCAGCAGCAGCAGCAGCAGCAGCAGCAGCAGCAGCAGCAGGCGGACACCCACCUUCGCAAGCAAACCAAAACUACCACCACCAGUACCAGCAGCAGCAGCAGCAGCAGCAGCAGCAGGAGCAGCAGGAGAAGUGUGGGGCUCCUUCACAGUAUCGUCAUCCUGCUGCUGCUGCUGCUGCUGAUGCUGAUGCUGCUGAUGCUGGUGAUGAUGCUGCUGAUGAUGCUGCUGAUGAUGCUGCUGAUGAUGCUGCUGAUGAUGCUGCUGAUGCUGCUGCUGAUGCUGCUGCUGAUGAUGCUGCUGGUGCUGCUGCUGAUGCUGCUGCUAAUGCUGAUGCUGCUGAUGCUGAUGAUGCUGCUGCUGAUGAUGCUGCUAAUGCUGCUGCUGAUGCUGAUGCGGGUGGUGAUGCUGCUGCAGCUGUUAGUGGUGGGCCGCAAGCUGACAACUCAGAAGAAGCUGUUGUGCCCCGCGAGUCCUAA